UCGCACUUAUCGAGUGGCGUGAUUAUUCGAUAGCGACUGAUAGAGAAAAUGUACGUCAUGUGAUUGUGGAUUCUUUUUUCGCACGGAGCAGUCACCUGUCGGCCAAGAAAAUACAAUUACGCCUGCAAUUCGACAGUGAACAAAUAGCAAGAUGGCGGCCCAAAUACGCACCGUGGUGUCCCAAACGUUCCUCUGGCUUUUCCUCGCCGUGGCCACCAUCCUGACCCUGUACUUUGUGAUGACAGGCAAGGGCGAGCGGGUGAGCGUGGGCUGGUUCCUGGCCUCCUCGAACCCGUACAUGUGGGCCUGCCUGGGCAUCGGGCUCUCCGUCUCGCUGUCGGUCGUGGGCGCCGCCCUGGGCAUCCACACGACGGGCACGAGCAUCGUGGGCGGCGGCGUGAAGGCGCCCCGCAUCAAGACCAAGAACUUGAUCUCGGUCAUCUUCUGCGAGGCGGUGGCCAUCUACGGCCUGAUCACCGCCAUCGUGCUGUCCGGCCAGCUGGAGCAGUUCUCGAUGGAGACGGCCCUGUCGCAGGCGGCUAUCCAGAACACCAACUGGUUCUCCGGCUACCUCAUCUUCGGCGCUGGCUUGGCCGUCGGCCUGGUCAAUCUGUUCUGCGGUAUCGCCGUGGGCAUUGUGGGAUCGGGAGCCGCCCUCUCGGACGCCGCCAAUGCCGCCCUGUUCGUCAAGAUCCUUAUUGUGGAAAUCUUCGGCUCGGCCAUCGGUCUGUUCGGCCUCAUCGUGGGCAUCUACAUGACCUCCAAGUCCAAGAUGGGCGACAAGGAGUAGGCGCCGUCGCCAGCCAUCCAGUCCUUCGCCACUCCAUUCUCAUCACGAAGAACAACAAUCAGUCAUCAAAGCAUUCCCCCAUCCCCAUGCAGACACGCACAACACCAGUGUUUGCUUAUUUUUUGGAAAUUACGACUUGCUAUACGCAGUUACUGCUUGCAGG